AGAAAGCAUGUGAACGGAGAACAUGACUUCCAAUAGACAGAGACAAUUAAGCUUGAUACAACUUUGUGUGUCUAAUUAGUUUUCCAAUAACUUUCCAAAAACAAAAUCCACAUAAUAAUUACAUAUCAUUCAACAUGCAGCCACCAUUAAAGAAUGAGUCCAAUGUCUUGGUAUUUACACUCUCUGGUCUGAAUGAAACAAUGGAAAAUAGAUAUGUCUUGUUUUCUUUUACUGCACUGUAUUAUCCCCUUAUGGUCUUUUGUAAUGUAACUAUAAUUACUACUAUACUCUUACAUAAGAAACUUCAUGAGCCGAUGUAUGUGUUUAUAUGUAAUCUGUGUGUAAAUGGACUUUUUGGCACUUCUGGAUUCUACCCUAAAUUCAUGUAUGACUUAUUAUCCCACGAUCAUGUGAUUUCUUAUAUUGGAUGCCUGAUUCAGAUAUUUGUCAUUUAUUCAUCUAUUCUGUGUGACUUUUCAACAUUAACAGUGAUGGCAUAUGACAGGUAUGUGGCAAUAUGUAGACCACUGGAGUACCAUUCAAAAAUGACAAAUCAGAAGAUUCUAAAUUGUAUCCUUUUCUGCUGGCUGGCUCCAUUUUCUUGCAUGUCUGUUCUAAUCAUUUUAAUAUCUAGACUCACCUUAUGUGGCUUUAAUAUCGAAAAGUUAUACUGUGAGAUUUGGGCAGUUGCAAAACUUUCUUGUUUUUCUACAACAGUAAAUAAUGUGUUUGGGUACAUUGUUAUUCUUACAUACUUUGGACAUGCAGUAUUGAUAUUUUGCUCAUACAUUCACUUGAUUAGAAAGUGCAGGAAGUCAAUAGAGGUCAGGCACAAAUUCAUACAAACAUGUGUGCCACAUCUGCUUGCACUGAUCAAUGUGACAGCUGCUUUUUUGUUUGAUGUACUGUACAGUCGUUAUGGCUCAAAGAAUGUGCCACAAGGCGUACGUAAUUUCAUGGCUCUUGAAUUCUUACUUGUCCCACCCAUUUUAAAUCCUCUUAUUUAUGGACUAAAUCUGACAAUAGUGCGCCAGCAAGUUAUGAGACUGUUUUUCAAGAAACUAAUGAGAUAAUAAAAGAUAGAUAAUGAAAAAUAGACAGAUAAAUAAAUAGAUAAUAGAUCAUGAAAAAUAAAUAUACCAAAAUGUAUUUGGAAUACAUUUAUUUCAUGCUAAGUAUACUUCAAAUACAUUUCCAUAUUUAUCCACUUAAUAAAAAUACCCCACAAUUGUACUUUAGAUGUAUACUAAAUUGGUACACUUAAAGUCUGCUAAAGAUAACUAAAGAUAUUAAGUAUAUCUGAUUGUGCUAAAAUGGAACUAUUGCAAGUAUAAUUUAGGUACACUUUAAAUAUCUUGCCUUUAAAGACUGUUAUAUAGAGAUCAUACAAUCCUUAUUAAUAGUGAUAUUAAUACACUUUUAGGCUUAAUAUUAAGAAAUGUGCAUUGUGUAAUAAAGAUGUACUCCAAACAAAGCUUAACCCAUUUAAUCCAAUUUCCCAGACAUGCAAAUAUCCAAAUGAUGUGUCAUUAGUAACCCCUUGAAAUAAUCAAUAAUUAUUUUUUUUUAUUUUUUAUGGAAAAGUGUGUGAAAAAAAAUAUGUUUUAUGGUGGGUCACAACUGUGACUGGUGAGAUAAUGAGUAUACUGAAAAUUCUUAUAGCCUAUAUCAGCCGAGUUAUCAACACAUUUUAAACUCCAUUUCAUCACAUUUUAAGGUUAUUAUUAUACAUAAAAACCCUUAUACAACACUUUCUGAGAUAAAAGACAAAAAUAAAAUAAAAGUAAAUAAAUAAAAAUACAACCAACAUCGAAUUUCUGUACCUUUAUCAAAAAUGUAUGUUAACAUACUUUACUAAUGUUUUGUUUUGGAGCUUUGAUUGUACAAACAAGAAUUAAACUGCUCUGGUCAUUUGACAAUUUGCACUAACCAUGUGAAACUGCACAUAUCUAACUGAGACCCUUUAUUCUUUCCAUAUUUGCUGGAAACCGCCUACUCACUAAGUAGGUACUUAAUUUCAAUAAACAUUCAAUAAACUGGACAUCAUCCAUCAUGUUGACGUUAUCAUGUGACCUACGAUGCUUUCACAAGCGCAACAACUUAAAAGUUAUGAGUAACAGGUUUAAUUCAUCUAUCUGUAAAUAUCUUGAUAUUUAUUAAACUUGCUAAUUUUGUUGUCUUGUAGAAGAAACAGCUGCCCAUUUAUUUUGUGAUUUUAGUAUAACCUAAAAAAUUGGGGUUAAUUUAAUUUAUUAUACUUUUAACCCUACUAAUGUGACCCACAGUUUUAUCCUUAAAGAUAUUAUUUUUUAUUAUGAAAACCCAAAAUCGUGAUCUUAUGAAUAUGUUGUUAAUUUCUUUAUUUUAUUUGCAAAUAUUUUCAUCCAAAAGCAAAAGUGGCUUAAAUCUCCUAUGUUUUCCUCUUUUUCUUGUUUCUUGU